CUAAUAUUUAUUUGUGUAGGUUAAACAAUAAGACGAUAACAUUAUAUAAAUAAUUUGUUAUCUGACGCAACUGUGUAGUUUGAAGAUGAGUGGGGCUUGAGAAUGCCACGUUUUGCAAUAAAAUUAUAGUCUGUUGUCUGGUUACUUUUGUUCGAGUACUUAUUAAAUAUUCUGAGCGACUGCACUUCGUGUGAGACCUCGUGAUGAAAUAUAUUUAAAUAACUAUCAAAACAACACAUUUCAAAAGGAAUAAUGUCAAGUUAUACUCAGUAUAUUACAGCGGGAGUGGUUACUGCAGGCGUCAUUGGAGGCGCAUAUUGCGCCUACCGCUUAUACGAACGUGCAAGUAGAGUAAACAUUCCAGAAAAUUGGACGCAAGUGGGUACACUGAAAGAUCUCUAUGUAUAUCCAAUUAAAUCUUGCGGUGCUGUACGAGUGGAUAAAGCAGAGUGCUCGCUCUUAGGUUUAAGAGAUGGAUGGCUCAGGGACAGAUUUCUGAUGGUUGUAGACGACAAAAACAACUUCAUUACAGCAAGAUCUUACCCUGAGUUACUUUUAGUGGAACCCUCCGUGAGAAGUUCCGUUCUUACUUUGAAUCAAGCAAACAUGGAACCUAUUAGCGUAAAUUUGGCCGAGGUCGUGUCCCUUCAGAAGCCUAAAACAGCCACGGUGUGGGGAGUUACAGUUCCUGUAUACGAUUGCGGAUGGGCAGUGAGUGAAUGGUUUUCAAGGCUUAUAGAUCGGUCUACUACUAACUAUAGAUUGGUGUAUUAUGCUUCACAAAGCAGCCGCAAUUUAAGAAUAAAUUCAAUCAAUCCAAUAUUCAAAUUCGGAAAAGAGGACACGGGCGCUUUCCCUGAUGAAGUUUCGUAUAAUUUGAUCAAUCAAGCGUCAGUGGACGAUCUGAACACGCGCUUGAAGGAGACUCAAGUGACACCACGAUCUUUCAGACCAAAUUUCGUGUUAUCUGGAGCUAAAGCUUAUGACGAAGACAAUUGGAAAUUCGUUAAAAUUGGAGAAAACGUGUUUGAAAUUAUCAAACCAUGCGUUAGGUGUAUCUUGACAACAAUUGAUCCAGAGACUGGAAUACGAAAUCCUAAGACCGAACCACUGGAGACUUUGAAAAGUUAUCGACAAUUGGAGGACCCCGCUGCACGUCGUACAGCCGGCAAUUCUCCUCGCAUGGGCUUACAGAUGGCGCUACGCUCUGGACCCGGGGGUCUUAUUUCCCUUAACGAUCCAAUUUUUGUUGCGUAACCGAUAGUAAUAUUGAAAAAUAAAUCAUUGAAUGAAAUUCAA